UUCCAACUAAUAAAAUUUUGCUUGUUAGUAUUCACUGUUUUUCAGGAUAUUGAUGUCUGAAGGUCAUUUUCUAUGUGGCGGCUUUCGCUCGUCUAGGUCCAGCGCGUCCUUUAGUUGGAUCUUAUUUUGGAGCCGGAGAAGUUGAAAUGUUUGAUCAUCUUAAGUAUUUCUAUGAGAUAUUCAAUCAAUUUACAUACUUAUCGCGCUUUAUAAAUUUGGAUAAAGCAAGAACAAGAAGCCGACGAAAUGGAUGAUGGUGCCAUCUUAUUCUGCAUGAAUCAUUCUUACUUUUUUUAGAUAUUCAGUCGGUUAGACAACGAACAAAAUUGCUAAAAUAGUUGGUUGAGCUGGGUAUUUUACGUGAUCCUGAAAAUCUAAUGAAAUAGAUUUUAUUGUUAACUUACCUAGAAGUCGGUAGUGAUUCAUUAUUUUGUUUUCUCAUCGCAAUGUCAAAGUGAAAAGCUACAAGAGAUUGUGUGAUCGGACUUCGCUUUGUUUCUACAGCAGUACUUUAAAUUUGAAGUAUUAACGUGAAUAGCUUAUGUGAGUUUAUUUCAGUAACAAAAUGGAUGUAUAUUAAGAUGUUUAGUAAAUGUUACUUACGUGGCAAGAUCUUACAAAACCAUUGGAAAAAGUGUAGAAAACUAUCAUUCACAUAUCACAUCCUAAAAGUGCAUCGCUGGCUGUAAGCUAGUACUUAAGCUAGAAAAUGGUAUUGAAUUAGCUGUUUAUAAGGUCACUAACUUUUUCCACAAUACUUCUCCAUUUAAUUAUAGUUUUCUCAUAAGACGUUUAUUAAGUUCUUUUAUAAUAGCUCUCCAGUGUCCUUUGGAGGCAAAUUUUUUAAUGGUGUUCAUGUGGUUUGUCAUACCUCCACUGUUACUUAUCAGACUCAAAGAAUAGUUAGAACAAUUAAUUCCUUUGGUAAAUUCAAAUUAGGCAUUAGGAAGACAAAUAUUAUGAUGUGUUUCUUUUUAGUUCAUUGUUUAAAGAAUAAUAUUUGUUGCAAAUAAAAUCCUGAUUAUUAUAGCUAACUUUCUUUUGUAAUGUCCCUCUAGCAUCUGUAUACCUUCAUAUAAUGUUCGUGUUAAACAAUGGUAGUUCUCUACCUUCAUUGAAUCUUUUAACUAUGACCACUGUGAUCGAGGCGAACGGACCUGUUUACAAUGGACCUGGAGCCAGUAAACCAAGUUCUCCAUUUGUACUUUGCAAUCUCGAGUUAUCUCAGCGUGCUGCUAUAGAGAAAGCUAAGAAAUAUGCAAUGGAACAAAGUAUUCGCUCCGUGCUUUUACGACAGACACAAUCUCAACAAUCCCUUCAGUUGAACAAUAUUAAGAAGAAUCAAACCGUUGCACUUUUAAAUCGUGUCUAUGUUGGUUCGAUAGCAUAUGAUGUGAAAGAAGACAGUCUAAAACAAGUUUUCUCUCCAUUUGGUCCGAUCAAGUCCGUAAAUUUAAGUUGGGAUCCUUCCACUCAAAAGCAUAAGGGAUUUGCAUUUUUGGAGUUCGAAUAUCCAGAAGCAGCCCAAUUAGCUAUUGAUCAGAUGAACGGAGCUAGUUUUGGAGGAAGACAGCUUAAAGUAGGAAGACCAAGCAACUUAACGAAUGCUGAACCUGUGAUAAGUGACCUAAUUAACGAAAAUAACCUUCACAACCGUAUAUAUGUUGCUGGCAUACAUCUGGAUCUCACUGAAGAUGACGUUUCGUUAGUGUUUGAGGCUUUUGGAAAGAUAGUGUUUUGCAAACUUCAACCUGAUCCAAUAAGACCAACACGUCAUAGGGGAUUUGGUUACAUAGAAUACGAAUCAACACAGAGCGCAGCUGAUGCAGUUGGCAGUAUGAACCAGUUCAAUCUUGGCGGUCAACUUCUGCGUGUAUGCAAAGCCAUAUCACCUCCGGACGGCAUUUCAAACGCUAAUGCUUCUAAUCUCCCACCAGCAGCAGCUGUGGCUGCGGCUUCAGCUACUGCUAAAGUUCUAUCAAUGGAGACUGAACAGCUUCCUGUCAAUUCUUAUUCUAAACAACCUGAAACAACCACUAAUGUAGUGUUGAAUGCCGUUCCCAGUACAGUAACACCUCAGCCUACCAGUCUUAAUAAUAAUUCCCUACCUAUAUGUUCUCCUGCACCGGUCUCAACGACUGGCCAAUCGCCUCUUGAUCAACCUUCAUUAAAUGUUGAAUCUGGUGUACCGUACUCCCAAGUGAAUAAUUUCAAUGAAAGUACUAACUCCAAUUCUAUGGGUUCUUGGCAGUCCGAAGUACCUGAAGAAUACUCGCAUGCACCACCUCCAGCCGCAUCUCCAGUUGGUUUUCCAUCAAAUUCAGUCACCCCUGCAUCAUCCUCUGAGUAUUCAACUUAUUUUCCAGGCGGUGUUUUAAUCCUGAGAAAUAUGGUCGGUCCAGAGGAUUGUGACGAUGAGUUGGAGGGUGAGGUGGCAGGUGAAUGUUCUAAAUACGGGUCGGUUCAGAAGGUAUUAAUUCACCAGGAUAGAAUUCGUGAAACAAACGAAGACUUUGUCAAUAUAUUUGUCGUGUUCUCUGACUUGGCUUCCGUACACAAUGCUGCAAAUGCACUGAACAAACGUUAUUUCGCUGGAAGACAAAUCACCGCUGAACCAUAUGACACACAAGCGUUUAUGAUGAAUGAUUUGUUGCGUUAGCUUCUCUCUCCUACUUUGCAGUAUUUCUUUUUUUUGUUGUUGGUGUUGUUAUUGUUGUCUGUAAAUACUUAGCACAAACGUGAUUUUAUGGUAUGACAAUCUAAUAACUUUAUUUUCAAUCUCUUUAUGUUUCUUAAUGGUAUUUGAAUAUUUCAGUGUUAAGAAAGCAAGUGAUUUCAUUUCACUUUUAUUACAAAGACAUCUAAAUUAUGUAUGAAAUGAAAUUUUGCCUUUUUUACUUAAUUCACUUUGGAAAAUAUUGGUUGUCGUAAAGUGUUUAAGGGUGAUAGCAACUGAUGAAUUCCUAAAUUGUAUCGUGAUUUUGCUGAUAUUCAACUUUUGUUGUUAGGUAUGCAGCUAUCUCUUUCUCUCUCUCACUCAGCGUAUUUGCCACGUAAUUCUCCUUAUUUUUUGAAAAAAAAUUCUAGUCGGUAUGUAACAACAGAAGAUAAGGGCCGGCAACAGAUCGUUUUAUUACGGAAAUCGACACGUAUUUAUAUGUAUUUUUCCCGUACAUUAUUAUAGCUUAUGCAAGUAGACAAACGCAGUCUUCUGAUUGGUUGUUUCGGG